AUGGGUGGAUCUGUUGGUCCCGGUCCUGGCCAUUACGGUUUGCCAACCACUUUCGGGUACGAACAUCAUGAUCCACGGAGGGAACGAAAACCGAUGUUCUCGAUGAGAGGUCGCCACACCAUCAAUAUUGCUUCGGUUGGCCCCGGUCCAGCUGGGGCGUACGAGGUAUCGAAGCUAACCCAACACGGCCGGGCGCAUAAUCAGGAGUAUACGCUGCGUCCGCGUUUGCAACAGCCCAAACAGGACAUGAUUCCGGCACCGAACGCAUAUUUCGGAAACAUCCAACAUGAUACGAUGGGCCCUGGACCGGCCGCUAACUACGAGAUCUCGAAGCUAACUCGAACCGGACGUCCCCAUGAACCAAUGUACUCGAUGCGUUCGAAAUGGCAACCAACGAGACAAGAUCUGGUCCCUGGUCCCCAGACAUAUCAUCCUCCGAUGAACAAGGAACGGGCUCCAGCGUACAGUUUCGGGUUAUGGUUAGAAGCACUGAACAAAACGAAAGUUCCUGGUCCGAACGAAUAUCAAACGGACAUGCGCGCGGUUCGGCCAAGAGCACCGUGCUACUCAAUGCGACCCUUGACCAAAGGAACGAACACCUCCUAUGGCCCCGGGCCCGCUGGUUACGGUCUACCUAGUCGCGAUCUCACCCACAAGCGAUCCCCAAAUUACACGAUGCGAAACCCAUUCGGCACUAUCGGCGAUCGAACACCGCGCCCGGGUCCUGCUCAGUACGGACUGAUGGAUCGGUUAGUGGGCAAAUCGGCUCCCAGUUACAGUUUCGGGAUACGGCACGCGGACUGGACGAGCCCGAUGAUUGUGCCGGAGGAUAGUUGUUGA